CCGCGGCACUGUCGCGACUGUCAGUCAAACCAAGAUGGCGUCGCCUAGUGAGUUGUCGCUCGAGGAGAUUCGGAAUUAUUUAUUGGAGAAUGGCGGUACGACGCGCAAUCACGACCUCGUGAAGCAUUUCAAGCGGUUCCUCACGGACCCGGAGACGCGAGUCGAGGCGCGGAAUCGGUUCAAGGAGUAUGUCAACAUCUUGGCCACUAUAAAGAACGAGGAGGGCGAAAAGUAUCUGGUCCUUAAGAAGAAAUACCGGCAGGUUUCCUUGGACCUUUCAUCCCCCCCGCAAGUGGGCUCACCUCCUUCGAUUAGCACUCCCGAUUUAGCUGUUCCCCUUUCUCCUUUACGAGAACCUCCACCUUAUCGACCGCCUCCUCCCGCACCCCUUAGUCCGACGUCAAAUAAUUCGCAAGCGAGCUACGAGGAGGGUCAAACGGCAUCUAACCUGACCACCCGCGAAGACGACGGAAAGAACAGUAAUUCGGAAUAUGGCGCGACUGAUCAUUCAGAACCCAGUGCGUCGGUGUCGUCACCUCCGGUCCCACCGCGUCGCAAAAGUCAGGACAAGCUCAAACUCGAGAACAAGGAGAACAUCGAGAAGAAUGCAAGGGGCUCCUCGGAAGCCGUCAUAAAGGAAGAUGAAGUGACCCCGACGAAUCCAGGGUCGGCCGAGCAGUUGAGCGUUCGUGAGCGAAUGCAACGUUUCAAUCGGAUGGCAAGCGAAACCGAUCUUCCGAGCAGACCCAGCGGCGGCACAACUACCCCUACUAAGAAACGAGCGGAGAAAGGCGCCGACGAGGAUGACAGCGCUUCCGUUGCCUCGCAACUGGACGGAAAAUCACGUGAGUGGCUGGUCAGGGCGGCGCAGGGGGACUACCAGGCAUUGGCGAAGCUCGCGACCGAGGAACCUCGUCUCACCAGGCUCAAGGAUCCGACUUCCGUGAGUAUGGGUCAUUAAGUGCCGCCAAAUGCUACAAAGUAAUGGGUGCGGGCUCCGAGAAAACCGACGAUGGCCGGCGAUUAAUCGCGGAGCGCCGCCGUUCGCGCGGCGGCGGUUCUCUCCGGCGCGCGGGAGCGCACGGGAGAGAAUUCGCGCAAGCGUCGGUGGGCUCUCGCGGCGUCUCGAGAACUUACUUGCCGCGUAUCAACAUGCAUGUAGUUUACAUUGCUAAUCGGUAAGAGGGCAUGCCGUGCGAAGGCACGCCCUGGAGCCCGCGAUAAAACCCCGUAACCGAAACUCUGGGCCGCGGUGAUUCGCGCGGCCGCGGAACGCCGCUCGCCGAUCGGUCGGCGGUUAUUAACCGCUGUGCAUUUUUGUUGUUCCAUACACGCCCGGGCUCGACGCGGGAUCGACGUGGGAUAUCGUCGCAACGGGUGAACAGGGCUAUACAGCAUUGCACUGGGGCGCCAAACACGGCGACGAGAACAUCGUGAAAUUAAUAGCGGGCACGUACAAGGACUACAUCAAGAGCGUCAAUGAGACCACG